AUGCCAAAGAAGAGUGGGAACUCUUCUGCGGCCAGCGGGGGGAAGCGGGGGAAGUCGAAGUCGAGGAGCCAGACACCCGCUGCUGCUGUCGCUGCUGCUGCUACUCCUCCUGUAGGAAACGGUUCGGCCGUCCUACAGGAGGACGAUAUGACCGUGUUUACGCCCAUUAAUGGGCCAAUCUUGUCUCUUGGGUCCCGAGACAAUGCAGAGGGGAGGAGGACGCUGGAGUAUCCGGCUUCCUCGGACGAGUCGGGCGAGUCCUUGCGACGAGCCCGCACCCGUCCGGGGAAGUCGGUGAGACAGAUGUUGAUGGAGGAGAGGGAGAAGAGGGAGGAGUUAAAGGAGAGGAAGAGGAGGGAGAAGAAGGAGAAGAAGGAGAGGAGGAGGGAGGAGGAGGAGAAAGCCGGGGGUCCUUCGAGACCCCCUUCAAAACAGUCGACCCUGGAGCGUCACUUUAGGAAAGUGACUGCUCCGGAGGUCGACUCCUUGGAGGGGGGCUCGAAGCCCUCGGUGGCUGUGCCCGGGGCCGAAACCGGGCAGAGCUUGAGGUUCAAGCUCACGUUCAAGAACCGGGCAGCUUCGGCUGCAGCCAACCAGACGGUGGUCCUCACGACCAACCCACCGUCGGACCCGUUGGAAGCGGUGGUCGCUCCGGGUGGCUCGUCCCCGCCGUUGGCGCCUAUUGACGCCAACGGUCGUGGUAGGCGGGCCACUCGGAAUGCGGCCCCGUGUUACAGCGGGUUUCCGACGGCGGCCCCACCACCACCGUCCCCAGCACCACCACCACCAGCACCACCACCCAGCCAGCCAGUUUCGUCGCUUCCGCGACAAACCACCCCAAAGCUGGCGAGGCGGUCCACCAGGUCGGCUAGCCCCCGACGUGGUGGUACCAAAGCCGAGCCGGCUGCGGGUGUGGGGCGUCGUGGGGGCAGGCCCAAGUGCCUCGAUGAGGCGGGGCGGUUCAUCGAUAUUGAACCGCCAAAGCAAGCCGUCUCGUACGGCAACCCAAAGCUCGGGGCCCAGCACAACGAGUACGGGAUGAUGCCUCUGGGGGCCCUCCCACCCAAAGAGCGGGUGGAGGAGGUGUUCAACAAGCCAGUGCCCAAGGAGCCCGAGGCCUGGUGUGAUUUACAUUCGGGCCAACAAUACUACAACUUCUGGGGGACGGCCGGGAACAAGGACCUCCAGAAGCACAAGAACGAGCAGGCGCGCGCCAAGAGGGCCGCGCAGAAGGCCGGGCGUCUCGACGCCGACAACGACUGGGUCUUCCCGGACUCAGAGGGGGUGAGGCGCGUCGUGGGGGGUGGCGAGACGCGAGGGAAGGGGAAGGCGCGUCGGUUGAGGGUGACCACUUCGCGUGGUCACGACCUCGCUGAUGCGUCGUCCCCUGACCUCGUGUCAGGGCCACAGUUUUCUCCGGCUUCGGAGAACGUCCCAGAGACCCCACGGGGGGGUGAAGACCCGGAACUUCAGACCACAUGCGAUACUUCUGAAGCUCCAGGGGCCGAGGUUGGGGGCCUCAAGGCGCUGGCGCCGAAGCCAGAAUUGAGUACUGUGAUCAGGCAAGCCAAGCUUGCCGCGGAGAAGGAGGGGAAUACGGAGGUGAUCGAGUUGUUAAACUCGGUCGAGGUGGCGGGGAGCUCCGAGGCGGUGGAGCUGUUGAUGAGGGUCCUUAAUGGACCAGGACGUCUCUCGCCUGCCAUUGCAGGCACCAAGCGAACUGCCCUCCAGAGGGAGGAAGACGAGUUUCUGGUUUCUGGGGAAGUCGCCUCUUCCCACGGGGGGAAGAGGCGCAUGUUGCGGCCUUUUGUGCCGCUAAUGCGCCCAAACCGACCCGACGAUGAGGACGACCUCAUCGCCGCGAACAUGAACAGGAUGGUCGACGAGAGGCGCAGGCAUCUAGGAGAACUAGAUGCCCGGUACAUUCCCCGGGAGUACAGUUGCUUGCGGGGAGAGGUUGAGGAACCUCUCCUGCACCCCGAUCUUUCAGAUCGGGAGUUCGAAAGAGACGAGGAGGACAAUGCGAUGGAGUGGGAGAGGACCGCUCCUCAAAUCCAGCGUGCCAUGGACUUCAAGACUGAAAAGAAGGGCGGACAAUCUCAGGAUGAGGUAUCCCGGAGACGUAACGCCAAAGAGAAGACCCAGGAAGUUGCUGGACCAGAGGACGAGGCGAUGGUAGAUGCCCUUCCGGCUCCUAUCCCUCUCAUGGAUGACGAGGAGUCCCCAUGUACCGUUUGUCACGGUACUGGAGCACCUCUUGUCAUCUGUGAUGGGGAAGGAUGCCGUGAAGAACAGCACUACUCCUGUGCAGACCCACCCCUCACACAAGAAAUGGUCGACGAGUUGCCAGAGUGGUUCUGCCGAACAUGCACCAACAAGAGGAAGGCCGAUGGAAAACAUAAGAACCCAACGUACAAGGGUAACAUGGGCGGACUCUUCCAGGAUGCAGACCAGGUUAACCAGCGAAGUUUUGUACUGCCGAAGGAAAUAAGAGAUACCUUCACCGGUGUCAAGACAGGGAAACUCGGAACCUAUAGAGAAGCUACCGACCAUUUCGUCCUGACCAAGUCUAAAGAUAAAGAACUCCGUGCAUAUGACCAUAUCCGCAGGAACGACGGAUUGGCCUUCGAACAACAGUUGCUCGGAUCUGAUGGCAAUAUUGCUAUCUGUUAUCGUUGUCGCGAGUCUCGAAUCCGCAAAGACCGUGGUAGAUUGAUUGGGUGUGACUAUUGCCCAUGCUACUGGCACCAGGAUUGCUUACCGACACCAUUAGUGGAGCCACCUGCUAUCAAGAUGCGCACUUCGGACAAACCUGAGAGAGGUGACGAGGUUGUGCUUGUGAAGUGGAAGUGCCCAUUGCAUAUUCCUGAAGAUGUUUACCCUAUGCGUCAGCCCCGCGGUCCGGUUGAAGGAGCCGACCGACAGUGGCCACCAAAACAUCGUCUCCCGCCAGUUACACCAGCCUCCCGAGAUAUCCCAUCUGGAGACUUUCACGCAACUAGGAUUAGCGGGAAAGAACUCCUCUUGCCUACGAGCGGCGUCAAGAUGAAUCUGUUCCCUAACGUGCAAAGGGCAGAGCAACAAAAAGAAUUGGAAGAGACUGUCUUUACGGGUACAGAUGUACAGGCUAUUGAGAUCAUUCGAUCACUCCGAGAUAACGUUCAGAGAGCAUUUGCUGCCGAACCCGUCGCCCAAAUGCCAGCUGUCACUACAGCUCCUACUCAAGUCACUACAAUUCCUACUCAAGUCACACCAGGGCCUGCCUUCCCUACCAACAACAUUGCGGAAUAUAUCUGGAAUAAUGUCCCGGAGCACUUCCGUCUUGGUGGUGUCGAAGCUGCAAUUCUCAAUGGGGAGAUCGAAGAUGACGCUGCUGAACAAAUUCGUCUUAUUACAGCCAUUCAACGAAGCAUGGAUGCUAAACUUGCGCGCCUUCAAGCCGCCGGGAAGUUCAAGUGA